GCGAACGUUCCUGGAGAAAGCGGCGACGCGAUGAUAGGUUUCCCGCUAAAGUGACCUCAGCCCUUCACAAAGGUCGCGCUUUCCUUGUUCCGUUCCCAAUGCAACGACGAACCCGCUUGUGAUCGAUGACGUAGACGCUUACCCCGCGACCCGUUCAACGCCUACAAAAGCCUCCUCUUUCUCCGCCUUCUACUCUCCCCUCAUCACUCAAGCUCUCUCAACUACUCAACCAACACAAACACUCAUCAACCUUUUCCACAAACCAAAUCUCAACCACCUCAAUCAACAUGUCUGACGCCGGCCGCAAGGAUUUCUCUACCAAGGCUAAGGAGGAGCUCACCCCCGACUCCACCAAGUCCACCCAGCAGAAGACCAAGGAGGCCUUCACCGACACCGGUGACAAGGUCGCUCGUGGUUUCCAGACCGACGACUCCAAGUCUGCCGGCCAGGAGGCUAGCGACAAGCUCGGCCGCUCCAAGGAUGAGCACGUCCACGGCGGCACCGGCGAGUCGAUUGUCGACAAGGCCAAGAACGCCGUUGGCCUCGGUGACAAGCACUAA